UCCCGGGUUCUGCUCGCGCGGGCUGGGCCCGGCGCAGUUCGCCCCCGGGGAGACUCUGGGACUCCUGGGCGGGGCGGGACACCUCCCUGCACACCCGAUGCCCGGUGCACGGAGCUCGGCUGGUGGAGCCGCCACGCUGGAGUUGGAGCUGGAGUUCGGUGGGGCCGGAGGGCAGCGGCUCCUCCAAGCCGGCCCCGGCGCAGAGAAUGAGUCCGAAGCUGUGGCCUCCGUGCGGAGUGGCAGUGCCCAGAGCGUGCUGCGCUGGUUCACCACCGUGGUGCUGUGUGCCGCCUUCCUGGGGCUGGGAUUGAGUGUUGCUAUCCUGGGACCCACCUUUCCAGACUUGGCAAGGAACGUGAACAGAAACAUCAGCAGCCUGUCUCUGAUCUUUGUGGGCCGGGCCUCAGGUUAUUUAUGUGGCUCUAUGAUUGGAGGAGUCCUUUUUGACUGUAUAAACCAUUUUUUACUUUUGGGGAUGUCCCUUUCUGCUACCACAGUUGGUCUUUAUCUCAUGCCAUUCUGCAAGAUAGCGGCCUUACUGAUCGUCCUGAUGUCUGUCUUCGGGGUCUCAAUGGGCAUUCUGGAUACAGGUGGGAACGUCCUCAUCUUGGACCUUUGGGGGGACAAAGGAGCCCCACAUAUGCAGGCCUUGCACUUCAGUUUCGCCUUGGGUGCCUUCCUGGCUCCCCUGCUGGCUAAAUUGGCCUGGGGUACCACAGCAUCUGCUCAGAACCACACUGAGUCCGACUUUAUCUCUCUAAUGCUGAACCGAACCUCCGAAGCCGCCACAGACUCUGUGUUCGCGGUACCCGACGACAUGAAUCUGCUGUGGACAUACGCGUCCAUCGGAACCUAUGUUCUAGUAGUUUCUGUCUUCCUGUUUGCUCUGUUUUGUAAGAAACGCUCAAGGCAGAAAAAGUCCUCAGCGUCUGCCCAGGGAACUCGAAGAGCUAAAUACCACAGGGCCCUGCUAUGCCUCCUCUUUCUCUUCUUCUUCUUCUACGUGGGAGCGGAGGUGACCUACGGCUCUUACGUAUUCUCCUUCGCCACCACCCACGUUGGCAUGGAAGAGAGCGAGGCAGCUGGCUUGAACUCCAUCUUCUGGGGGACCUUCGCAGCCUGCAGGGGCCUGGCCAUCUUCUUUGCGACAUGCUUACAGCCUGGGACCAUGAUUGUGGUGAGCAACAUCGGCAGCCUGGCCUCAUCUUUCUUUCUGGUGCUUUUUGACAAGAGUCCUCUUUGCCUCUGGAUCGCGUCUUCUGUGUAUGGAGCCUCAAUGGCUGCCACGUUUCCCAGCGGCAUCUCCUGGAUUGAGCAGUACACCACCUUAACUGGGAAAUCCGCAUCCUUCUUUGUCAUCGGUGCUGCCCUGGGAGAAAUGGCGAUUCCUGCAGUGAUCGGAAUUCUUCAGGGACACUACCCAGACCUGCCAGUAGUUCUGUACACGGGUCUGGGCUCAGCCAUAUUCACGGCUGUUUUAUUUCCUGUGAUGUAUAAAUUGGCCACCUUACCCCUGGAACGACAGCGCAAAGGAAGAAGGAAGAGUGAGGACCAGAAGGCUUUGCUCUCCAGCUCUGAGCUACAUGACUGUGAGGAAGAAAUCGAGGAGGAGGAGGAUGCAGAAAAGUGGAACGAAAUGGAUUUUGAAGUGGUUGAGAUGAAUGAUCCGGUACAGGGGUCCGUAAGGGGGACGUCUGGGGAUGUGAUGGGGCCCACAGCUGAGGGCUCUGAUCAGUUCCUUCCAGAUGCACUGAGUUUUGAACCCCUUUCAGCCAGCAGCAGCAAUUCUCUUGCGAAUCAUUAGGACAAAAGGGAAUAACCCUCUGGCGGCACUGGCAGACUCUCAGGGUGUGCUUUGGCACUUGAAAUUUGUGUCUGUUUACAGGAAGCGUUGAAAUUGUUUGGAGAGUUCAGAAUUCUCAGUCCUGUGUAAACUACCGUUCGUUCUUGCGCACUAGGACUCUCGUGAGGAGACUGCCUUGUGGUCUCCAGCGUACAGAAGGCGUUUAUGUGUGUGUGGAGAACUGGGUAGUAUCACACUGCGGAAAACAAGGUGGUUUGCUGAGCGAUGAUCUCGCAUCCAUACCCUGCCAGGGGCGAAUCGUCGUGUCAAAGGGCGUCUUUGGAGGUGGGAAGAUGGUUUUCUUUCUUUUACCCUCUGUGUAGGGUUGAGCUGGAAACUGCUGCUGACUAUGUUUUCCCUGGAGAGCUCACACAGGCUAUGCUGUCUGGGGGGUCUAGCUUCCUCCCUGACUUCAUGCUCAGCUCCGGCACAAACCGGGUUUAUUUUUAUCUCCUGUGAUUCUAGAAAUGCAAAUGAGACAACUUUUUUUUUUUCUUUUCUUUUUUUCGGAGCUGGGGACCGAACCCAGGGCCUUGCGCUUGCUAGGCAAGCGCUCUACCAUUGAGCUAAAUCCCCAACCCCGCAAAUGAGAUAAUUUUAACUUUCAGUGUUUGUGUUUGUUUUAUUUCUUGAGUCUUACUUUACAGUCCAGGCUGGCCUGGAAUUUACUAAGUAGACCAGGUUAGCCACUGUCUCACCGUUCUGCUUCUGCCUCCUGAGUUUUGUAGUCGAGGCAUGUGCCACCAUGCAUGGUGAAACGCGUAAGUUAACGCUGUAUAAUAUUUUUUGCUAAAAUAGCCCAUUCAUUUCAAAUGUGGAAACCAAAAAUGACAGGCAGCGCCUCAAACAUGCCGGAAGCUGGCAGGCGUGGUAUUAGUGGCCCUACGGCGUUCAUCGAUCUACAACACGCCUUUUCCCUUACACUCAAGGAUCGUCAUUUAGCAUUCUAGCAAAUUUUAUUCUUGUUUCCCACACAUGAAAAAAACAAAAACAUCUUCCCAGUAACUCUCGUGUUCAGAGAUUAUAGUACUUUUGCUGACUCUUUAAAAAGAGGUUAUUUUUAUAUGCCGUUAUGUGCGUCGUUCAGAGAGCAUCCGGGGACAUGUUGAUUUUAUAUUAUUUUCUUACCUUUUACUUUUGUCUAGUGCUGUUGACUUAACACAGGGCCUUGCACCUGCUAGUUAAGUGCUCUACCUCGGAGCCGAGUUCCCAGGCCUGAUGUUUUAAUUAUAGAAGCUGUUUUACCAUUACUGUGUAAAACAGUAGCGCUUUGGACGGGCUCUCUGGUGCCCACAGCCUGCCUCAUUAACAGAGGCUGGGGCUGGGCCUUGCCGUUGUAGGAUUUAACCCUCAUUGGGUUGUGGUAUUAAUCACAUAAAGUCUAUAAGGCAGGCUGAAAGUUUAGUUUAUAGACGAGCCUCCUCUGUGGUGAGCGGAGAACCCAUGUCCCGUCCAGGACCACUCCAUGAGUUUGAAGUACCUGGAAACCAAAUUAAGAUGGCUGAGGGGUGCAGCUUCACAAGCGUGACAGAGCUAGGCUGGGCCAGCCUUGGGUAAUGACUUGUACCUUUUCCCAAGUUUUAUGCCGAGUGACAGUGAAUUGCUACCUGACUGCAAUAUGUUUGAAAUCCCUCACCAAGUUUUAAGGAUUUGUUGUUCUUUUUUUUUUGUAAAUAAAUAAAUAAAUAAAUAAAAAUAAAAAUAAAAAGUAAAAAUUAUUAAACA